UUUUUUAAUUAUAUAAUUAAAAUAUAAUAUUAAAUUAUUUUAAAAUUUAUUUUAGUAUAAUGAAUAUAGUAUAAAGAACCUUUCAAAAAUUAUGAAAAUGUUAUUGCGGUCAAAACGCCUAGUAAAUUGGUAUAAAUCAAUUUGGUUUGAUAGUUGGGUGAAUUGGUUUAAAACCCUAAAAAAAUGAAAAUACCUAUGAUGUGACUAGUUUGUGUCUAUGGAAAAAAGUAUAACAUUGUGGGAUUUAAGGUAUUUGGUUAAUUAGGGUAAAAGUCUAGUGAAUGGGGUGCAAUUUCCCAUGAUAGUUUUCAUAUAACUAGCCAAACUAGGCCUAGAAAACAUAUUUGUUAAAACAAUUGAAUAAAUCUUAAGGCCCAACCCAUAUCUUGUUUCCUUUUGAAACUGGACAAGGAGAAUAAUUCGUUUACUGAGAGACCCAAAUUUAAUAGUUUGGUGAGAAAAAAACUUUGUUCGACUCCGACCAACACCGUGCCUUGGCAGUUUUUAGCAACUCCCUGCAUUUUCCUUUAGGUCUCCUUUUGUUAAAUACCUUUUUUUUACAAAUAAAAUAUUGCUCAACUUUAUCAAAUGGACAAUUUUGACGUAACAAGAUUCUAUAUGCUUGUUUUUCUUUUCUUUAUUUCAUUUGUUUUGGACGAAUAUGAAAUUCAAUGGAGGAGGUUUGUUCUUCGUGCGUUAUUGAUGCACUAUGUUGGAGUAUUUUGCCAAUUAGUAGUUUUUUUUCCACAUUGCUUCUUUUUUUUUUUACGUAGGCAGAAUUAUUUUGAAGGAUUGGUUCGGUCCUUAAAAGAUAGGACUGGGGAUUAAUGUCGUUUUAAGAAUUUGAAUAUGUCGCUAAUUAGCGAGGUACGUCGUCAACAACACAAUCAUGUUUAGGCACUAUGAAACAAUGAUAUAAUAUAUGAAAUGCUAAUCUAUGGGGCUGCCCGUUAACCAACGUGAGCCAUUAGAUGAACACAUAAACUGAAAGUUUUAAUCUCCAACCUUCUCGCUUAGAUUUUUGACUUUUUAUUUAUUUCAGUUGCAUCACCAACAACGAAAUGACUAGUGUCUAGUGUCCUAUUCGUAAAUUUCGGAUCUAUAACAGCAUUAGAAGCUGUUUUUUUUGGGUUCUGUAUAAUGUACGUAACGUGUAUCGUAAUUUUCCUCUUUUCUUAAAAUUAGGGUUUCUCAUUGAUACUAAUUAGAGAGGUCAUCAUCAGCUUGUACUGUGAACCUGGGAUAUACUCUAGGUUUCUUUGCAUUUAUUUUCUUAGUUUGGUAAAAAUUAUAGCUAACAUACGUUUUGUACAAUAAUCUGGCGUUUCCACAUCUUUUUCUUUUCAUUUUUCAAAAUUACAAUUUAGUAUAUAUUUUCUUCACUGAAGAAAUUUGGAGGAAAGGGGUAUUCAUUUUUCCAGGUCUUCAGCGGUGCUACAAAACACAUAGCAUUAAUGUCCGGUAGUGCUCACCCUAUGGACGGCGAAGGAGAGCUUUCGGCGGCUGAUAUGUCUUCCCCCCGGCAGAGAAACACACCGUUUGUCCAUAAAGUCGAAGUUCCUCCGAAGCAAAACCUGUUCAAUGAGUUCAUGUACACUUUCAAAGAAACUUUCUUCCACGAUGAUCCUCUUAGGCAUUUCAAGGACCAGUCACUGUCCAAGAAGCUAAUGCUCGGGCUCCAGUCCGUAUUCCCGGUUUUCGGAUGGGGACGAAACUACAAUCUCAAGAUGUUUCGUGGAGAUCUUAUUGCCGGUUUAACCAUAGCCAGUCUGUGCAUUCCUCAGGAUAUUGGAUAUGCAAAGCUCGCAGGUCUCGACCCUAAGUAUGGUUUAUAUUCAAGCUUUGUUCCUCCGUUAGUGUACGCGUUUAUGGGAAGCUCAAGAGAUAUAGCGAUCGGACCCGUCGCAGUGGUCUCACUCCUUUUAGGCACUCUGCUUCGUGCUGAGAUCGACCCGACCACAAGUCCUAACGAAUAUCUCCGGCUAGCCUUCACUGCCACGUUCUUCGCAGGUGUCACUCAAGUUACACUCGGAUUCUUUAGAUUAGGUUUCUUGAUUGAUUUCUUAUCCCAUGCCGCGGUGGUUGGGUUCAUGGGCGGAGCAGCCAUAACCAUAGCUCUUCAACAACUCAAAGGGUUCCUUGGAAUCAAGAAGUUCACCAAGAAAACAAGUAUCGUCGCGGUUCUUCAAUCCGUCUUCAGCUCAGCCCAUCACGGAUGGAAUUGGCAGACAAUACUCAUUAGUAUAUCGUUCUUGAUCUUCCUCCUCGUCUGUAAGUUCAUUGGCAAGAAGAACAAGAAACUGUUUUGGAUUCCGGCCGUCGCGCCGUUGCUAUCAGUUAUUAUUUCCACAUUCUUUGUUUACAUAACCCGAGCCGACAGGAAAGGUGUUAAAAUAGUGAACCAUCUCGAUAAAGGCAUAAACCCUUCUUCGUUGCGUCUAAUAUAUUUCUCCGGCGAUUACCUAGCUAAAGGCAUCCGCAUUGGCGUUGUCUCAGGCAUGGUCGCCUUAACAGAAGCUGUAGCGAUCGGAAGAUCAUUUGCAGCAAAGAAAGACUACCAAAUCGACGGAAAUAAAGAGAUGGUAGCAUUAGGAGCCAUGAACGUGAUCGGUUCGAUGACUUCUUGCUACGUAGCCACCGGUUCGUUCUCAAGAUCAGCUGUGAACUUCGUGGCCGGAUGUCAAACAGCAGUUUCCAACAUCAUAAUGUCAAUGGUCGUCCUCUUAACGCUUCUCUUCCUCACUCCUCUUUUCAAAUACACACCCAACGCGAUUCUUGCUGCGAUCAUCAUUAACGCCGUGAUUCCUUUGAUAGACGUAAACGCCGCCGUUUUGAUUUUCAAGAUUGACAAGCUAGAUUUCGUUGCUUGCAUGGGAGCUUUCUUUGGUGUCAUCUUUGCAUCUGUUGAGAUUGGUCUUCUCAUUUCCGUGGGCAUAUCUUUUGCUAAGAUACUCUUGCAAGUUACAAGACCUAGGACAGCGAUUCUAGGAAAGAUUCCGAGGACUUCGGUUUACCGGAAUAUCCAUCAGUAUCCUGAAGCGACUAUGGUUCCCGGAGUGAUGAUAAUUCGUGUUGACUCGGCUAUUUACUUCUCUAAUUCUAAUUACGUUAGAGAAAGGAUUCAAAGGUGGUUGAUAGAUGAAGAAGAGAAAGUGAAAGCUGUUAGCUUACCAAAUAUCCAGUUUCUGAUCAUCGAAAUGUCACCUGUCACAGACAUCGAUACUAGUGGUAUUCACGCCUUAGAAGACUUAUACAAAUCUCUCCAGAAGAGAGACAUUCAGUUGGUUCUUGCGAAUCCAGGACCUGUGGUAAUAGAUAAGCUACACGUCUCUAACUUCGCAGACAUGUUGGGAUACGACAAAAUAUUUCUGACGGUGGCUGAAGCCGUUAAUUCUUGCUGUCCCAAACAUUCUGACGAGGUCUGAAACGGUGAAGAAUCUUGAUGAUGAAGCAAAAAGUUUAAGUGUUGUAUGUUUUAUAGACUGAGUUGAGUAGUCACUAGUCAGUGACUUUGCCUUCGAUAUUAUCUGUUAGCUGUUAUCCCCUUAUGGCUAUGUGUGACAUAGAUGUCAAGCGUGUAGGCUACCUAUGUGGCCUUUAUAUUUAGAGCUUUCAUUUGUUUUGCUUAAAGAAUUUGCAAAAUAUAGUCAUAUUCUACUAUCACUUUGUGUUACUUUUAACGUACUGGAAUCAAAUAUUCAAUGGUGUCGGUGGAAAAAUACUCUGCAAUUCCUAUAUCACCCGUGAGUACUAAAUGAAUUUAUAAUAUCUUUCACAUGGUUGAGUUGGUGAGAGAGGUUUGCGUUGAUGGUUGCUCAGAUCACAGAUCAUUUUUGUACAUUUUUUUGUAACUUCUAUAUCGUUAAAUCGUUAUUUGAUUAACUUGCUAAUGUUUGUUUUUCUUUUCAAACAUUAACUAGCACACAAAUUUAUUAAAAACUGUUGAUCUAGUCUAGUAAAAUCGGUACCCAAACAUUAACACCGGAUUAUUGGUGGAAAAGCUUUGACAAAACAUUUUGUAUUAAAAGAUUCGAACAUUGACAAAACAAUAA